AUGCUGAUCGCCGUGCGAUUUGCGUUCGGAAAACUUCGUGGGCCAUCGUUAUUAGCGGCAAACGAUUUACGCCCAGAGAGACAGAUAAGCCGCCGUGUUUGCCUAUGUGACAGAAAGAGUCAGGUGUCGUACCUGAUUGAUACGGGGUCGGACGUUUCAGCGUUUCCGCGCUCAUUAUUAUGCAAUCCAAAUAGGAAGAGGAUUGCAUACCAGCUAGCCGCAGAAAAUAACACGACGAUUGCAACCUAUGGUACGAUGGCAAUGGUGGUUGAUCUUGGGCUACGUCGCGACCUGUCAUGGAACUUCUUUAUAGCAGACGAUACGCAACCAAUAAUUGGUGUAGGUUUUCUCUCAUACUACAGUUUGAUUGCGGAUGUGAAAAAUCGUCAAAUAACGGAUGCUAUGACAGGAACGGCGCAGGCGGAUAUUGCAGCGGAAUCAAUAGCGACUAUAAAGGUGGUAACGGGUUCAACGGCGCACCAUAAGUUGCUUGAAAAGUUUCCUGGUUUAACACGACCAGACGGCGCUGUUAGGUUACGCAAGCACGCGACGCAGCCCCAUAUAGAAACUAGUCCUGGACCGUCGGUGGUUCAAAAACCGCGGAGAUUAGCUCCGGACAGACUCCUUGUUGCUAGAAAGGAGUUAGAAGCUAUGCUGAAAUUAGAAACGGCUCGUCCAUCGAAAAGUUGUUGGCUGCCCCGCUACAUAUGGGUCCAAAAGGGUGUGAUGAGUGGCGUCCAUGUGGCGAUUAUAGAGGUUUGA